AUGACCCUGCCAUCAACGAUCAACAACGUCGACACCAGCAUCAACAUCAUGCUCAACUCGUCCGCGCAGUCUCGCCGCAUUGUCAUGCCCGAAGAAUUGCCAUACCCGAUUGAGCAGUAUUACACGAUCCUCGGCUGGCUCCAGGACUGCGAGGCUUCUGGACAGCGGGGUGAGGAGGCGGGAAUCCUUGACGCGCCAACACUGUCAAACGACCGAAAACGACUUUGCGAUCCCAAGGGUAUCGACUUGUUGCCCAGAAAGAGGCAGGCUUUGUCUCCGCCCAACACGGAACCGGAAGCCUCCCACGCGAUGGACGGCCACAAUCGCGACAGCGACGGCGCGGAGGAUGCGGCCGAUAUGACGCCUCGGGCGCCCUCGAAGUAUCACAGCGUCCAGAUGGCCCCGCCGAGUCGGCCGUCUCCGAGUCGCACGCCGUCCAGCAGAUCCUCCUCGAAACGAUCCGCGUCGUCAUCCCUCUCCAGAAACUCGUCUCCCACCAAGCAGCUUCGCGCAGCUGAGCUGGAUGACGAAGGCUACCACCGGCGACCCUUUACACGUGAGAGAGAGGCUCUCCCUGGGGGCUUGCGCAACGUCCUUCGGAGACUGAGGGACAUUGGAAAUGGUGGCACCCAGCUCCCGCACGCGUGGUGGGAGGAGGGUCUCGAAGAGCUCGAAAUCCCACGGACCUACUUCUGCUCCGAGGGAGAGGGUGUGGAAGCCCCAUCCCCCGCGCGCCCCGACGUGUCCCUCGCAGCGUUCGUCAAACGUGUCACCGCGCGCGCCGUCGAAUGCGAUAUGCAGGGCGAGCCAGAGUGCGUCUGGAGCCUCGAGGUGUAUUACCGCAUUCUCCUGUGGGUGCUUCGGCCCGUCAAUGACACAGCCGGUCUCGUGGAUCUACGGCCUAGCACCUCCAGCAGGAUCAACCCUCACUUCCACCGGUUGGCACUGCCUUCCAAGAUGGUCGAUUGCUGCUUGGUGUUCAAGCCCGACCCGGGCAGCCGCGUCGACCGCCGCAUCGAGGAGCUCAGCAAAACACGCCCCGGCAACUCGAUCAACCAUACAGACUCUGGCUCGCUGUGCCGCCACCCGAUUGGUCUCUCCGUCGAAGUCAAGAGCCGCGAGGGAGACGCUUUGGAGGCGGAGGUGCAGAUGGGGACCUGGCAUGCUGCGCAGUGGAGGAGUAUGCGCCGCCAUCCUCCCGACCGGGCCGCUGUCGAGUUCUUGCCGGGCAUCAUCAUCAGCGGGCACGAGUGGUACUUUGUCGCGACCCUCCCCCCGCAGCACUCACCCGAUCCGUUCACCGGGGGUACAAGCAAGCCGACACUCUACUCCAGGAUGCACCUGGGGUCCACCUCCGAUGAGCAAGGGGUCUGCAAGAUCGUUGCCUCGCUGCGAUUAUCCGUAGGCGGUGCAAAGUGUCAGGGCGCUGGUGCAUCGUUUGAUGGCCAGGCCCGGUUCCUAAUAACUGGCAACCUCACAGGCAUCCUCACGGGCAUCCUGCUCUUCUCCUCCAUCACCCUCGGUUUCAUCCAAUUUGACCAUCGCCGGGCACCCUCACCUGCAACCUUCGGCGACAUCCCCCGCCCACUCAUAGAACUCGCCACCGCGGUCACUGCUGUACCUCCCUCCCUUCGCAAAGAGACAUAUACUUUCCAACGCGCCAUAUUGAAUGCGACGCAGUACCUCGACGAGCUGUGCACGACGCUGCGUGCGUGGCACAGGGGAUGCGCUGGUCUGGUGACCGAGGACGGACUCUUCAGGUAUGGCAUGUGGGCUGAUCCCAUCGCUGAGGACGGCGAGUUCGCCCGCGCGAUGCGCAAUCACAUAGCCCCUGGCCUCGGCCGUCUCGACGACGGCGAAGAGCGCGAGAGGAUGAACAGACUUGGAGACUUGUGUAUGGAUCUAACGCAAUCCGCCGAGACCCUAGGGAACGUCGCGUCCCGUCAGAUGGAGACCGUCUCAGAGGCCCACCUCAAUCACGAGGUCUACGAAAUCUUGGACGCCGCGAAGGAGGAAAAGUUCAAACGACACACCCGCAAGAACAAGUCGGCCUAUGAGACGUCGUCGACAGCGUACCAUCUGUCUUGGAGCUUGAAGGUUGGCGCGGUGCUGGACUUGGCCGUGCAGCGGAUGAACGUCUCCCAACAGCUUCGGUACCUCAACAGCCAUGCGCAAAUAAUGACGGAGAAGCUGAAGCGAGUGUGCUGCACGAAUCACAUAGUCACAAGCAAAGUCUUAUGUUGCCGAGACGUUCAGCGCGAUCAAAAGACAGUAACGUCAUUGACCACCGCUCUAGACGCUGCGGCCGUGGACUUUGCGCAAUAUUAUGCACGCAGCGUAGCCAAGGCUCUUGACACGACAAAUCACCUCCGCCGUCUGGGCCACGGCGUCCACUCCCGCUACGCAUUUGCCCAUCCUCACUGGGUUCCGCGUACAGCUACCGGCCUGACGCGGCCACCGACCACUAGACCCGCCGAAACGCUCAUCCUAACCAUUAAGCGAGGCACGACGCGGGGUCCGCAGGUAGUCGAUGACCGUGAUGCUUGGCGGAAGCUGUGGCGCUGGAAUUGA